AUGACUUCCGGAAGACACAGGGCGCAUCAACCACAGUCUCAGAAGCUCACAGACAAGGAGAUUUUGGAGUUGAAGAACUACCUUCCUGAGUGGACUGCCGCCAAAAGGAGUGAGAAGAGGGGGAUUUUCACUGCCAUAGCAAGGGCGGCCAGGUUGUUUGCUCCUAAGGUGGACCAAAAACAAUGGAAAAAGAGGAAGCAGGUGUACAAGACUUGGUUGUUCAACAACAAGAAAAAGAAGGAAAGGAAGGACACCAUCAAGUAUGGGAGGAAAUGGAUGCCCAGGAUGGUGGUCUACCAGCAGAAACGCGAAGAGGUGCUGAAGAGGAUUGAGGACGAGUCGGGGGUAAAGCCCGGAGAUCCUGGUAUGUUCAAACAUUAUCAGGCGGCGGUGAAGAGAGUCAUGGCUGAAUUGGACGACGACGAGUUGGAGAAGGCGAAAGAAACAGCGGAAGAGUGGUCCAACAACUGUCUGCCUCCGGAGAUACAAGCACAAGUCGCCCGUAAGAAGGGUCCGGCAUAUAUGGAGCACUUUUUGAACGAGAUGUGGAGGCAAUGUGGGAUGAGAGUUUUUGUGAUGUCGGCUUGGAAGAAUGAAAAGGGAGAGGUGCUGUUCGGGAUGCAUGAUGAUAACGAGGCCUUAGGAGAUGGGGACAGCUUCAUGAAGACAAAGGACUGGGAGGACAUUGAGCCAGUGUGGCAGGAGUACGCGCAGGAACAGUUCGGUGCCGGGGCACGGGAUGGAGGACAUCAGGUCAAGGGAGGUCGAAAAAGAAUUCGAAAACCAGCUUUCGAACUCGAAAUGGAUGGGGAGGGUAUGCCACUCCUUCCCGACAUCACCGACACGAAACUUGAGGAGAAGAAGGCCAUAGUGAGGGCCUUUCUUACAUCGCACUAUCGGAUAUGUUCCGGGAAGGACAAGGCGGUUGUACCAUGGAGUGCCAUUGUACAAAGUCAGGAUGACUUCGUGGCCCGGACGUAUCUUCCGGCAGAUGUUGACUUGAAGGAGCCUUCAAAGCUGCAAAAUUGGGACACGACUGCCUUGCUCCAUUUCUGGCAUGCUCGGCAGGAAACAGGAGAAGGUCCCACAUUUCUGUUCAAAGCAUGGAAGAACAAAGAUGGGGACAUGGUACCAUCUGUCAUAUCUGGCAAGUCGCCCUCUCCUCAGACUAGUAUAGUGAGAAAGCAGCAGAGGGUUACCAUUCAGAGGGCCUCGGGAUUCGUCGACAGAAGCCGAGAGUGA